AUGGCUGAUAGAGUUAUAAAAGCCUUUAAAGUCCUUAAUGAGGAAACAUUCGAGCUCUACCUGGGGGGUUCUAUUCCCGAAAUUGAUUUCCUGGAGCCGUUACAAUUUCACAGGGAAUAUGUGGCGAAAAAUAUUCCUGUUGUUCUAAAAAGAGGUUGCGCUAACUGGCCAGCUACAUUAAAAUGGAAUCUAAAUUAUUUUCGGGAAAAUUUCUCAAACAAAAUGGUUACAGUAGCCAUGACACCAAAUGGUUUAGCUGAUGGCAUUACAAAGGAUGAACAGGGAGUGGAGUUCUUUGUGACACCUUACGAAGUAGAGAUGACUAUGGGGGAGUUUCUGGCUAUGCUGGAGAAUAAAAGAGAUCAUAUUAUACCAUAUAUUCAGCGCCAGAAUUCUAAUCUAACUGAAGAUUUUCCUGAACUUCUACAAGAUGUCAUGUCUGACAUAUCAUUCGCUACUGUCGCAUUUAACAAGAAGCCAGAUGCUGUAAAUUUCUGGAUGGGUGAUGAGCGAGCAGUUACAUCCAUGCACAAAGACCCCUACGAAAACAUCUAUUGCGUGAUAGACGGGUACAAAGACUUCAUUCUGAUACCGCCCACCGACUUGCCUUAUGUACCGUACAAGCGGUACCCACAAGCCCAGUUUAUGAGGGCUGGCGAUUCUUGGCUCGUGGAACCACUUGGUGUAGUGAAGGAGUGCGAUUCAGAGGUGUUCACCUCUCGGCAGAUGGAGACGCCGUCGCCUCUACCUUGGAUAUGUAUAGAUCCCUUAAAACCGAAUUUAUCGCAACACCCUACUUUCGCCAAGGCCCAUCAGUACAGAGUGCGUUUAAAAAAAGGCGAUUGUCUAUAUCUGCCCAGUCUAUGGUUCCACCACGUGAGGCAGAGCCACGGAUGCAUCGCCGUCAACUAUUGGUACGACAUGGAGUUCGACAUAAAAUAUUGCUACUUCAAAAUGCUGGAGACUCUGUGCGACAAAUAU